AUUUUUGAGUGAGUAACACUGUGUAGCUUUAGUAAAACUGAUAAGAGUCAGAGCAGCUGUGCACGCUGGGAGAUCAGACAGUGCGGUGAGUUCACUGACGCUACGGGAGGUGGAGUGUGUGAGUGUGUCCGACUUGACGCCAGUGUUUUUUUAUCGUCCAACCCUGCAGUCACCGGCUGUUCCCGUUAAAGCCGAAGUCGAAAACGAACGCAGGCUUAUGUCUUCGCUCGUUAGUGAUGGCCGCGUGACUUCGGAGCGUUUCUAGCAUCAGCGUGCACACGUAUAGAACUCCGUCUCCCAGCAUCCCUUGCGAGCGUAUUUAUAGUAGGAACCGUCUGCUGUAUCUGCUGACUGCUAGCCGGCUGCAGUUGAAUUAAAGUUGUUCAAAAUGUUGGGGAGACGUUGAACCCGAUGUUUCCUGUCCAGCAGCUGGCUGCAUCUGCUCUGCGGCUGAAUGUAGGUCACAUGCUGGCAAACAACACCUCUCUGGGUUUGCUGACAGGCGAGUCUCACUUCCUUUUUUUGACGGGACAGGUCUCCUCUUCCCAGCUCAAGCAAAGACAGAGAGAGAGAGAGAGAGAGGGAGAGAGAUCAUGCGAUCUCAUUAUCAUGUGCUGAAGAUCACUUUGUUGUGAGCUGUGUUUGACAGAGGCAGCGAUGAGGGCUGGAGGCAGGACGGGGGCUUUGGACAGGGCUGCAGCUGUCUGCAUCCUAGCGUUGUGUUGUGGCUGUUUACACGUGAUCGCCCUCAAAUCACAACUUUUCACCAGGCUCGGUGGGUCAUCUUACUCCACUGAGACUCCCAUCAGCUAUGAAACAUUUUACUUUGACCAGCAGAUUGAUCAUUUUGGAUUCCUGGAGGAAGGCACCUUCAAGCAGAGAUACCUUGUUGGUGACAAACUCUGGAAGCAGCCUGCAGGACCGAUUUUGUUCUACACCGGCAAUGAAGGCGACAUCACCUGGUUCUGCAACAACACUGGCUUCAUGUGGGAAAUUGCGGAGGAGUUGGGCGCCAUGCUGGUUUUUGCAGAGCAUCGUUACUAUGGAGAAUCCCUGCCAUUUGGACAAGACUCUUAUAGUGACAGCAAACACCUGAACUACCUGACCUCAGAGCAAGCCUUGGCAGAUUUUGCAGUCCUGAUUCAAAACCUGAAGAGCACUUUACCCGGAGCUCAGCACAGCCCUGUCAUCGCUGUUGGAGGUUCCUAUGGAGGGAUGCUCUCUGCCUGGUUCAGGAUGAAAUACCCCAAUAUAGUUGUUGGAGCUCUGGCGUCCUCCGCACCAAUAUGGCAGUUCCCUGGCAUGGUGCCAUGUGGAGACUUCUACAAAAUAGUAACACAGGACUUUGCCGAAAGUGGCUAUAACUGUGACGCAAACAUUAGAAAAUCGUGGAAGGCUAUUAAUAAUGUCUCUUCCACUGCGGCUGGUCUUCAGUGGCUGUCAGAAGAAUUCAGCUUAUGCAAGCCUCUUAAAAACACGAUUGAUGUUAUCGCCUUCAAGAACUGGCUUCAGGAGACUUGGGUGAAUCUGGCUAUGGUGGACUACCCCUACGAAGCUAACUUCCUCCAGCCCCUGCCUCGCUGGCCAAUCCAGGUGGUGUGCAAGUAUCUUGGAUUCGAUUCCGCUGUGUCUGACUACCAGCUACUGCACGGUGUCUCUCAAGCCGCAAAGGUCUACUACAACUACACCGGAGACUCCUCCUGUCUAAACACAUCUCAGACAGCAACCGGCAGCCUCGGUUAUCUCGGCUGGACUUACCAGGCCUGCACAGAGAUGGUGAUGCCCAUGUGCACAGAUGGCGUCCAGGACAUGUUUGAACCAGGGGAGUGGAACUUCCAGGCCUUCUCCGAUGAGUGUAAUGCAAUAUUUGGUGUCCGGCCACGAGCCGACUGGGCAGGCAUAGUCUACGGGGGGAAGGACAUCGCCUCUCACAGCAACAUCAUCUUCAGUAACGGAGGACUCGAUCCGUGGUCGGCUGGCGGAGUGACUGGCAACAUCACAAAUUCUCUGGUUUCCAUCAUGAUUCCUGACGGAGCCCAUCACUUGGACCUGCGCUACAGCAACGACCACGACCCUCCCUCAGUCCGUGCAGCCCGAGCGUUAGAGGUGAAGUAUUUUCAGGAGUGGAUCAAACAAGCUAAAAAGGCCCCUCGGACUGCAUCAACCCCUUAGUCUCUAGGAGCAGCAGAACGUUACCAGGCUAGGAUAUCCAUGAUAUGUAUGGUGUAGCUUUAAUAUGCAUGACAGGGUGCUCUUUCCAUCAUUCCACCAAAGUUUGUCCUCUUUUAAUCAGUGUUGGGGACAUUUUUUUUAACAUUAAAUUAAUAAAUUUCUAACAUUUUUUUUUUUUUUUUAACUUUAGCUUUAAUUUUCAAUAUCACUCUUGAUUUUAGUAAGUGUGUUUUUUUAAUUUUUAUUUUAAUCACAUAUCUAAUCUCAGUGCUGGAGUAUCAAACUACAAUUUUCACACUCCAUUUCUUUAUGCCAAACUACACAUUUCCAAGGGCUGGGAGACAGAAAGGUACUGUGUCUGUUUGUGAAGUAAAAAAAAACAAAAACGAUUGAUCACAAUGUAAGUCUGUAAAUAUCUUUGUUUAUUCAUAUCAUCACAUUAUCAUCAUCAUCAUCAUCAAAAGACUCGGAUCAUCAUCAUUUUGUCUUUCCUCACAUAGGAAGUUUUGCCAAAAACCCAUUAAGGUCUCUCUGCCUCCAAGCUGGUGUUUUUCUUCCUUUCAGUCAGUGUUACAAUGAGGGCUACACUACCUGUUAUUCUCAUCUCUGAUGUUGUUUUUGUCAUUUAAUGUCAUUGUUAGUGUUAAGUUCUGUUGUCACUCUGCUGAAUAGCCAUUGUUGUUAUUCAGGUGUAUUUGUUCUUUCAAAAUACGUUUAUAUGGUAAUAUUCCUCUUAACACUUAAAGAAGUCUCAGGAGAAAAAUUGGCACCAAAUACUUUUUUUUUUUUUUUUUAAAGCUUUCCCCAGAGUGAUAUUAAACUUGAUUUGUUGUUGUUCACAGAAGAA